GCCUCUGUCGUCAGCAUGUCAGCCUACGAAGAUGGGGCUGAUUGGUUUCCGAGGAGGGACGCCCAGGGAGCCCGUACGUCACUGCUCUGUGCCGGAAGACUAUUUUCGUGGUCUCUUCCCUCAACAGCUUUCUACCUCUUCCCCGCCGCGAACAGAUCCCGGGAUAUGAGCCGGAAGAGGCAUCGCCUGGUCCCGGAGACCUUUGGGUUGAAGAGGCGGCGGGAACUAGGGGAUGUAGAGGCAGAUCCUUUGCGAUGCGAGUCAGGAUCUGCGCGAGAGGCAGUCGCAGAGAUAGUGCGGCUGUUCCCGCGAGUGCUGUUUGAGGAUGCGCUACCCCCCAUCGCGCUGAGGAGCCAGGUGUACAGCCUCGUACCGGACCGAACCGUGGCUGACCGGCAGCUGAAGGCACUGCAAGAGCAGGGGGAGAUCAGGAUUGUCCAGCUAGGCUUCGACUUGGAUGCCCAAGGAAUCAUGUUCACCGAGGACUACAGGACCAGAGUCCUCAAGGCUUGUGAUGGCCGCCCAUAUGCUGCCGCAGUACAGAAGUUUCUGGCUUCCGUGCUUCCAGCCUGUGGUGACCUUAGCUUCCAGCAAGACCAAAUGACACAGACCUUUGGCUUCAGGGACCCAGAGAUCACGCAGCUGGUCAAAGCCGGGGUGCUCACUGUCCGAGAUGCUGGAAGUUGGUGGCUCGCAGUGCCUGGAGCUGGGAGGUUCAUCAAAUAUUUUGUUAAAGGGCGCCAGGCUGUCCUUAGUAUGGUCCGGAAGGCCAAGUACCGGGAGCUACUUCUUUCAGAGCUCCUGGGCCGGCGGGCACCUGCCUCGGUGCGGCUCGGCCUCGCCUACCACGUACACGACCUCAUUGGGGCCCAGCUGGUGGACUGUGUCUCCACCACUUCUGGAACCCUCCUCCGCCUGCCAGAGACCUGAGGACUCUGUUCAUCAUUGCACACCUCCCCAGGGUGGGGAUUGAGGGGCCCAAGAGGGCUGCCCACCCGGGCUGAGGCAGGGUCACCUUGGGAAGGCUCGGGAGCCAGGAAGAGUGCUGGGCUUGCUGCUGUGCUGAGGGUCAGAUGUGACUGCCUCUGUUGACCUGGGCUGCGUCCCAGUGGAGGGCUUUGGGCUGUGCUUCUCUGCCCUUUCACGGAAGUGGAGCCAGAAACCUUGCCAAGGCCGUGGCUGCCGUCUUUCAUGCAGCAAGGUGCUGCCACUACUCUGUCUGGGGUAGGAAGGAGGGGUCACUGGGUAAGCUGUCAAAGUAGGACAGAAUUUUUCUUCCUACAUGUUGGGUUGAAACUGCCAA